UUGAAGUCUAAAGCAUACAACAUGCCAGAUCAAUGGCCAGUUCUACAUGUUUCUGAAUUUUACUAUACUCUGAAGUGCAGAAUGUAUAAUGGACAGAUCUGAAAUUCGCCUGAGUGACCUGCUCAGUGGUGUCAUAAGGAACUUGUUCUAUGAUUAGAAAGAAUCAAUGGCAAUUUUUCUGAGCAGGUAGGGAAAAAGAAACAUGUUGGAAGAGAGAGCAUUGUCGCCAGAGACAACAGAGGAAGUGGAAAGAUUAGUGACCCUAGCCCAGGAGUCAGGUACCCUCCCCCGGGUCACUUUUAACACUCCAGAAAAGCUCGAGGAAGAACCAUGCCACAGAAAGUUGGCCAAAUUAACAACCAAAUAUAAUCGGAAAGAUCUUCAGAGAUGGAGAGAUCUGGAGGAGUGGAUUGAUACCCAGUUGCAGGAGCUAUAUCAGUACCAGUUGCAGGAGACAGAUGCAACAGCUGCCCCAGAGCCUGAAAUUGACAUUGAAGAUCUUCUUGAAGUCCCCAACGAGGAACAAAAAUCAAGACUACAGGAAAUUCUUCACACGUGUUCGCGACCUACAGAGGAUUUUGUUGCAGAACUGCUUGAUCGAUUGAGAGGUCUUAGGAAAAUUGCCAACCCUCAAAGGAAAUGACUCUUAAUGACAAAACCCAAGGGGAGAAUAUAUCAUCCUGCAAAAGAGAAUGAUCAGGAUAUGAAGUUGUACGCUUUGGCCAAUGUGGUGCAUAUUUUUAAUCUUUCAUCUUCAUCAUUACUUUGGAUUUCUAUCUACAGGCAAUGAUGUCUAUUUGAAGAGGAGAAGUCCAUAUGCUUCGUCCAGUCCUUGAACCUGCAGGGAAAAGGGUUGCAUGUAGCAAGACGGGGGAAGAACCCAUCUAGAAGCUAUGGAGAGCCACUGCCAGGCAGGGCAGAACACUGAGCUAGAGAGAUGAUGGUGAUGGUAGUCAAGGUAGACAAGAUGGCGAUAGCUCCUUGCUUUAAAAUAUGAGCCACAGUCCAUUGCAUAUGAAAUAGGGGAGGGUCAUGCAGUGGAGGGGAAGGUGGCAUAGGGAUUCUGAAUCCUUCUGUCACUCAUGCAACCCAGCCCCCAGUUCUGUUCCCUCCCUUCUCUUUUGCCUCAUCUCAGAUAUCAGAAGUAAGCUUCUCUGUAGGGAAACAGGUAGAAGGAAAGGGGAAGCUGUGGCAGGGGUGAUGGAAAAUGCAGGUGAAUCAAGGGUUCAACAUGCUCUUCCUCUUCUUGACUUUAAAACACACUUCUCAUUUUAUACAUGUUUAGCAUGAUUUGCGUGCUAACAUUUAUUAUACCCAUAGUUUCAACUUUUAUGACAUACCUUGGGUCUCUUAUGGAAAAGGGCAAGAUAAAAAGGACCAUGAGUCAAUGGUGGAGCAUCUGACUUGGCGUGCAGAAGGUCUGAGAUUCAACCCCCAGCAUCUCCAAUGGAAAGAACCAGACAGUAGGUGAUAAGAAAGACCCCAUCCUGGAGAGCCACAUUCAACAUGAAUGGACAGUAUUGACCUGGAUGGAUUAGGGUCUGAUUCACCAUACGACAGCGCCAUGUGUUUGAAAACAUUUUUAAAAAUACAAAUGUAUGUUUCUUGACGAAGCCACUAUAUCAUUAUUUAUUUACCUUUAUAAAGAAUUAGCGUCAUGACUUGACAGAGAACCCCUUUGGGAAUCACCCUUCCUUCUUAGACCUCAUUAUUAAAAAGUGCAAAAGAGGGUGACCAAGAUGAUUAAGAGGUUGCAGCAUCUUCCCUGUGAGGAAAGGCUGGAGUUUCCAGGACUUUUCAGUUUAGAAAAAAAAAUGAGGGUAGACAUGACAUGCUUAUAAAGUUAUGCAUGAUAGAACUUUUCUUUUCCCCAAAUACUAAAACUUAUCAACCUUAUAGACAAAAAGAAAUAUUUCUUUACUCAAUUGAGUUUUUAAAAUGUGGAAUUCACUGCCAGUUGAUAUAGGGAUGGCCGCAGGCACAGAUGGCUUUAAAAAGAGGUUAGACCAUGGAAUAUAGGUCCAUUAACACCUACUAGCAAUUGUGACUAAAGGGAACCUCCAUAGACAAAGGCAGCAAAUCUCUAAAUACUAGUGUUUAGGAGGCAACUUCAGGGGAAAGUCUUGGCCUCUGUGCUCUGUUCGUUGGAUCUUCAUAGCGACUGCUUGACCACUGUCUGAUGCAGGUUGCUGGACUAAAUAGACUGCUGGUCUGAUCCAGCAGGGCUCUUCAUGUAUUGUUAUGAGAUAUGAAACUUUUAAUUCUCACACUUGCAGGUCUAAAUUUUAUUGUUCUUGCACUUGCCUUAUCCAGCAUGAACCUGGACUGCCUAUGGAUUACAAUAACACCGAAAAGGCUGUUUCUUACAUCUAAAAUAUCUCUAAUUUGUAAAAAGACAAGCAGACAGCAGUCUUCAAAUAUUUUUUCUAUCUGCUAGCCAUAUCAUGAUUGCUAUUUUAAUGUUAACACAAAUGAACUACUACAGCAGUCACUAAGUCUACUGAAGAAAGAACUUAUCAAAUUUGUAUUUUUUCAUAGAGCUAAGACCUCAUAAAAUGAGACAAGCCACAUAAGUAUGCUUUAAGUCACACUGGCAUUUCUCUGCAGAACAUGCUGUGAAAGUAACUUGUGUGCAUGUGUGUGAUAUAUAGAUAUAUAUACUCAUAGCUUUAGUGAUAAGAAUCUGUUUGUUAACUUUGCUCCCUUGAAUGUUUGUGAUAUGAUGGGCAAUAAAAUAAAAUGAAUGUCAAAGUUUGCCAUGCUUAUCAGUACUGUUUGUUCAAUAUAUUUUCCCAUCAUUUGACUGUCCAAUCACUACAUCACAGAAACUAAUGAAAUACACCAUGGAAAUGCUCUUCCACCAGUCAGUGAAACAAACUGAAACAGCCUGUCCAAUGUGCAUGAAAAAUUGUAUCCUACAUUGUUAAUAAAGUGUUAAAAUGAGGCCUGA